UACUGAAUUGGCGGGGGGGAAGUUUUCCGGUUUGAAACAUAAAAACAGAAAGUUUCUCGUUCGGGUUUUUCCCCACAGUCCGCGUUUGUGUUUCUUGGAAACAUUUUAUUUGCAAUAAAUCCUCAACAUGGAAGGAAAUCACAUCACAGAGGAGAUGUCGGAGAUUUCAGAGAGGCUGCAAAAAUCCAUGUCCCUGGACGCAGAAGAUGACCUGGAAAACUACAGGAGGUUAAUUUCAAAAGCGAAAGCUUCCGCCAAGCAGGGAGACAUUGAACAAGCAUUGAAGCUGUUCAAACAGGCGUUCAACAUUCACCAAACCCCCAAACUGGAGAACAGGAUAAAGAAAAUUGAAGAAAUUCUAGCUGAGAACAACUUGGAGGAUGAAGAUGAGUUCAUCAAUGUGAACAACAGCGGCUUAAUGCUGUUUAAAGAACUACACGACAACCUGUAUGACUAUCAGAGAGACGGCGUUUCCUUCCUCUACAGCCUCUACAGGGACCGUCUCAAAGGAGGAGUUCUGGCUGAUGACAUGGGGCUCGGAAAAACCAUCCAGAUCAUUUCGUUCCUCUCCGGCAUGUAUGACAACGAGCUGAUAAAACACACACUGCUAGUAAUGCCAACAUCACUCAUCACAAACUGGGUCAGGGAGUUUGGCAAAUGGACUCCAGGUAUGAGGGUGAAGGCCUUUUAUGGCAGCAGUAAAGCAGAGCGGACCAGGAACCUGGAGAAGGUCCAGAGCAGAGGAGGGGUCAUCAUCACCAGCUACACCAUGUUGAUGAGCAACUGGCAACAGCUAGCCUCGUAUCGAGGGAAGGAGUUCUGUUGGGACUACAUGAUCCUGGAUGAGGCACACAAGAUUAAAAACCCUUCCACCAAAACGGCCAAAAGUGCUUACGCCAUUCCGUCCAAGAACAGGAUCCUCCUGACGGGAACGCCGGUGCAGAACAACCUCCGGGAAAUGUGGACGCUCUUUGACUUUGCCUGUCAGGGAUCUUUACUGGGAACAGCCAAGACUUUCAAAACAGAGUAUGAAAACCCCAUCACCCGUGCCAGGGAGAAGGAUGCUACUCCUGGAGAAAAAGCUCUCGGUUCCAGGAUUUCUGAGAACCUCAUGACCCUAAUCAAACCUUACUUCCUUCGUAGAACUAAAUCAGAAGUGCAGAAGAAGAAGGCUGGUGAAAAAGAGGCCAACCCUGAAUCAAACAACCAGGAAGACAAUAAAAAUCCGCCAACUUCUGGAGCAGUGAUGCCCGAGCUGACUCGGAAAAACGACCUGGUUGUCUGGACCUACCUUAGUGCAGUUCAGGAGGACAUCUACAGGCAGUUUAUUGGUCUAGACCACAUCAAGGAGCUGCUAAUGACCACCAGAUCUCCGCUAGCUGAGCUAACCAUUCUAAAAAAGUUGUGUGACCAUCCAAGACUGCUUUCUGCCAACGCCAUUGCAAAGUUGGGUCUGGAAGAAAACCCAGAGGCUGAAAACGGCGAGGGUGAUGCUCACAACAUUGCAAACGUUUCAGAUGAAACUUUAAUAUCAGAGUCUGGGAAACUAGUGUUUCUGUUGGCUCUUCUGGAGCAGCUCAGAGAAGAAGGCCACCGAACGCUGGUCUUUGCGCACUAUCGGGUGGUCCUGGACAUCCUCGAACGGAUCCUUGGCAACAGGGGUUUCAAAGUCCUGAGACUGGAUGGAACCAUCACGCAGAUCACAGAACGAGAAAAACUGAUCUCUCGCUUUCAAAAAGACAAACGUUACUCCGUGUUUCUCCUCACCACUCAGGUGGGAGGAGUGGGCAUCACCCUGACGGCAGCUAACAGAGUCGUCAUCUACGACCCCAGCUGGAACCCAGCCACGGACGCUCAGGCUGUGGACAGAGCGUACCGCAUCGGUCAGAAAGAAAACGUAGUGAUCUACAGACUGAUAACCUGUGGAACGGUGGAGGAGAAGAUCUACAGGCGACAGGUUUUCAAAGACUCCCUGAUCAGGCAGAACACCGGGGACAAAAAGAACCCCUUCAGGUACUUCAGUCGCCAAGAACUGAAGGAGCUCUUUACCCUGGAGGACCCGAGAUCUUCAACCACCCAGCUUCAGCUGCAGGCGCUUCACUCCAGACACAGACGGACCGACCCGGCAUUGGACGAGCACAUCGCUCAUCUACAUGCUAUGCACAUGUUUGGAAUCUCUGACCACGACCUCAUGUUCUCACAAGAUGUCAACCAUGACGAGGAUCCUGAGGACCAGGAGGAAUAUCAAUACAUCCAAGGCCGAGUCCAGAAGGCCCAGGAAUUGGUGAAGGCAGAGUCUGAGCUGCAGCAGAUGCAGCUGGUGGAGCGCAUGGCCUCCAGCACAGAACCAGCCUGGCUGAGACAACCUCUGGACCACGAGAGGAAACCCAGGAACUUCAAACCAAGUCCGCCGCCCCCUGACCAGAACUCCAACGUAGUGGAUCUGGACCAGUCUAGUUCUGGAGAAGAGCUGCAUCAGAAUCAAAGCAUUGAGAUCAUCGAUCUCUCUGCAGACGCCUCUGAAGAACCGAUGGACGGAUCUGGACCUGAGGCCAGCCUGGUUCAGAUUACAGCAGAUGGAUGCCCUGAUGGACCCGGCAGAACCUCCUACUCUGACAGCGCCCUAAAGUCCACCCCCCCUCUGCAGAACAGAAGAGUUUCAGAUCUCCAGCAGUCCAACUCCAGCCUCAGAGCUGGAAGCUCCAGGAUGAGCGCCCAGCUGGAAUCCUUCAACGGGAACUUUAACCUGGAGCUGGAGGACAAAGACGAUGGCGUCCAGGAGGCGGACGGCGAGGAAGAGGAGCGGAAGCUGCUGUCUCAGCUCCAGAUGGACGGCAGCUUCAAUCUGGACCAGUCUGGUUCUGGAGGAGAAGAGCUGCAUCAGAAUCAAAGCCUUGAGAUCAUCGAUCUCUCUGCAGACGCCUCAGAAGAACCGAUGGACAGAUCUGGACCCGGCAGAACCUCCCACCCUGACAGCGCUCUAAAGUCCCCCCCCCCUCUGCAGAACAGAAGAGUUUCAGAUCUCCAGCAGUCUGACUACAGCCUCAGAGCUGGAAGCUCCAGGAUGAGCGCCCAGCUGGAAUCCUUCAACGGGAACUUUAACCUGGAGCUGGAGGACACGGAUGAUGGCGUCCAGGAGGCGGACGGCGAGGAAGAGGAGCGGAAGCUGCUGUCUCAGCUCCAGAUGGACGGCAGCUUCAACGUGGACAAGUCUCUGUCAGAGAGGAGAUGGACCGCCGACGGCUGCGCAGAGUCACACGUGGACGAGUCCGUGGCCAGGUCCGUCAAAGAGUCUCCAAACUGGUCCACGGUACGACCUGUGGACAAGUCCAUUAACAAGUCUGUGGUACGAUCCGUCAACGAGUCCGCAGACGAGUCCAUCGUUGUUACCAGGAGGAAGAAAGCAGCCGUUAUCUACGACAGUGAUGAAGAAGAGGAGGAGUUGAGGAGUUCCUUCCAGGUCCUCGGGUCGUCCACGCCCAAACGCUCCCCCAGCGGGGGAGGGAACGUGUCUGUGGUGUCCCGACGGUCCCUCCUGCAGUCCAUCAUCGAAGACAUGGAGGAUCAGGACGUCCAGGAGGAAGAUGAUGAUGAUGAGAAUUUGUUGGAGAUGGAUUCUGAUCCAGAAGAGACGACCGGAGAGACUCUGGAUACGGAGGAGGAGACAGAGGAGGAGGAGACAGAGGAGGAGGAGGGUGAAGAAUCCGAAGCGGGCUCUGCUGACGGAGAGGACAAUGGGACGGGUUCUGCUGGGGACGAGCUUCAGCUGGAGGAAACCACAGAGGAAGAGGAGGAGAUGACUGGCUGACUGAAUCGGGUCAAACCGGGUCAGCAGAACUUUCUCCAACCUGUCAAAUAGUUCAGUUGAUCCAGAAUUUGUUGGCAUACGGAUGUUCUGUUAAUAAAAACCCAAAUAAUACUU